ACGAAAAACACUCUUGUCCACUCCUCCUCCAUUAGAUCCACUCCCUCCGGAGCUCAAAUAUUUUCCAUCUCUACAGUAAAUAUAUAAUACCACCACUCAUUUCCCAUUUGCUAUCUUUUACAAAUUUCCUAUUUUCCAUCCAUGGCCAUUCCCUGGACAUCAAACAAGUUCUAGAAAAGAAUUGGAAUUGGAAUCCCCAAGCAUCAUCAAGAUCAUGGUUCGUCUUAAUUCUCCGGCUAGGUUGGUGUUGAGGACCACCGGUAGCCAUUGCACACCGUCCACAAUCUCUUCUGCUGGUUGGGUUGGAUUGAAAGUAACGAAUGCAGGUUCUGGAUUGUCAUCGACUUCUUCCUCUCUUGUUUUCCUUUUUAGAUUUCAUGGACUAGUCGUCUCUUCUUUAUCUCAUCUGCAUUUAAAACAGACCUUCUUCCGUUAAACCAACCAAACCAAACCAAAUAUCAUCUCUUAGCUAGCUAGGUUUUGUCUCCUUUCCUUCUUCCCCUCCCCCACUGAAAACCCACCUAGAUUCUGUGAUAUGAGAAUGGUGCUAGAAGCUGCACAAUUCUCUCAUCAAAACAUUAUUGUAUCCCCCAAAGCUGCAGUUUCUUCAAGUAUUAGUAGUGGUAAUAGAGAACGCUCUGUUCUACAUAGAUUCCCUCGAUCCACCAGUCUUAAAUCAUUCGAGAAUUUGCAAUCCCAACAUCUUGGGAAACGCCAUACUUUGAGAAGAGCUUCAAGUGCCAGUUUUGAUGGAUCGUCGUUAAACCAUAUCAUGCUUGGCAUAGAGCCUGAAGUUCCUGUCUGGCCUGAGCGGGAGAGAGUUCAACAGGAGAUGAUGUGGGAUAACAUUGAAAGAAGAGCGAAUGCCCUGGAUUUUCCUCUUUCACUCAGGAUGAUAAAGAAGAAACAACAGAUAAUGAAGGAGGGUAUAAGCCAAUUGGGAUUGGAUUCCGAUUCGGGUCUGGCUUGCACCUAUUCAUUUCAAAAGGCAUUCUCUUCAAUGGUGUCUAUUGUUCUUGAACUUCAAGGAAAGGCACUGCAAAUGAGAGAAACCGUAACCUCGGAAGAUUUGAAUUUGCUUAUAGACGGAGUACAAAGAGAGCUGCACAGGUCUUUCGCGUGGCUAUUUCAACAAGUCUUUUCCCGAACACCUACUUUCAUGACUGAAGUGAUGAUCCUUCUCUCGGACUUCUGCCUACUUUCUGUAGAAAAUGGAUUAAUACCAUCAGUUGCUGAAGAAGAAGAAGAAACAGAAGUGUUGAAGGAAACUACAAUUCCAACCCCUCUGCCCGAUCAAAUCCCUGGAAAUGUAGCUGAAGAAGCUAGUCUGAUACAACAAAAGCAGGAAGAAGUGGUGCUGAAGGACUCUGUUUCUCCUCCCCGAGUGGAGCUUGAACCAGAACAUUACUACGAAUAUCUGAGAACAGACCUUGCUUACCAAAUGCAUCUGUUUGAAGAUCCGCAUAAUACUCUCCUUCUGUGUAAUUAUGCGCAGUUUCUCCAACUUGUUGCACACGAUUACGACAGGGCAGAAGAGUGUUAUAAGCGCGCAAUACAAAUAGAUCCAUCAGAUGCAAUGGGGUUGACAUUAUACGCAAACUUCUUGUGGGUGGUUAGGAAAGAUCUUAUGGGUGCUGAAGAACGAUAUGUAGAAGCAGUUGCAACGGAACCAGAGAAUCCUUAUCACUCUUCUAUAUAUGCCAAUUUCCUAUGGAACACCGGUGGCAAAGACACAUGUUUUCCUCUUGACACACCCUAAAAAGAAGUUUUCUAAACUGCUGCUGCAAUUGAUCAAGAAACAGUUUACAUGCUUAAUGAAUGGAGGGUUUUGAGAUCUAUAAUUUCUUUGUUUUUGUUUUCUGUAAAAUGAAGAAGAAGGGUAGAAGUAGUAGUCUACUCUAAUGCUGCAUUGACAUUCAUGGGGAUGUCUUAAAAGAAUGUUUCUUGGCAAAGAAAGAUCAUUAUUUUACCUUUGGGAAACCUUCAUUCAAUGCCUGAGUAUUUGUUUUUCAUAUAAGAUUGUACUAACAGAUUGUUCAUUAUUUUUCUUUUUACUAGAAAAUAGAAUGGAUUUCUUUUACUUUAUUGACAAAAAUCUUC